GGCGCUGGCCGGAGGGGCCGCCGCCAGUGGCAGAGUUGUGAGCAGUCCGUCAAAGGAUUUAAAAACUGAGGAAGCGCCCGGAUGUUUUCCGCUUCAGAUAAUGCAACAAGUUCCUUCUCACCUGAGCAUGUGCACUUGGCUUCUUGUGGUGUUCUGAUGACCAGAACUUCUCCUUUGCAAGCACCUGUAAUGAGCCAUACUAUUUCAAGAAAUUUCUUCAAUGUUGCCACACCACUAAUAAAUAAAAGAAAAGAAUAUUCUGAGAGAAGAAUUAUAGGGUAUUCCAUGCAGGAAAUGUAUGAAGUUGUUGCUGUUGUGGAGAAUUACAAACUCUUUGUUCCUUGGUGUAAAAAGUCAGACAUACUCUCGAGGCGCUCUGGGUACUGCAAAGCACAGCUAGAAAUAGGAUUCCCUCCUGUAGUAGAGAAAUACACAUCAAUUGUAACCCUAGUGAGACCACAUUUAGUUAAGGCAUCAUGCACAGAUGGAAAACUCUUUAAUCACUUGGAAACAGUGUGGCGUUUGAGCCCUGGUAUCCCUGGUUAUCCAAGGACAUGUACAUUGGAUUUUUCAAUUUCUUUUGAAUUUCGUUCACUUCUACACUCAAAACUUGCCACACUAUUUUUUGAUGAAGUUGUAAAGCAGAUGGUUGCUGCCUUUGAAAGAAGAGCAUCCAAACUCCACGGCCCAGAAACCAGCAUCCCUCGGGAGCUGAUGCUGCAUGAAGUUCAUCAGACCUAAAGGGAAACUGUAACAACCUCAGCUAUAAACUCGUUUGUACACUUCA